ACUUCUGUGGAUUUGUCACAUCCAAAAUGGAAAGGCAUUUUUUUGUCGCUUGGCUGUUUCUUUCUUCACUACAAGUAUUUGUGGAACCUGCAGCACCUGAGAAUGCCAUUGAAAUCUACAGCCUGCAUGUGGACUGCAAAGUUACCUCACGAUAUGCCCACACAGUAAUCACCAGCAGAGUUGUCAACAGAGCGAAUGAAUCCAAGGAGGCUCUUUUUGAAGUGGAGUUACCCAAGUCAGCUUUCAUCACAAACUUUACCAUGACCAUAGAUGGAGUAACAUAUCCUGGACUAAUCAAGGAGAAGAAAUCUGCACAAGAUCAGUAUGAUGCUGCGGUUUCACGUGGACAAAGUGCUGGACUUGUCAAAUCAACUGGAAGAAAACUAGAACAGUUUCGUGUUUCAGUCAAUGUUGCAGCAGCUGCCAAAGUUAACUUUGAACUCACAUAUGAGGAACUUCUAAAGCGAAAGCUGGGAAAGUAUGAACUGCUGAUGAAGGUCAAGCCCAAACAACUUGUUAAACACUUUCAGAUUGACACCCACAUAUUUGAACCUCAAGGUAUAAGUGCAUUGGAAACUGAGAACACUUUCAUAACCAAUGAACUGAACAAUGCCCUAACAAAGGUGCAGAAUGAGACAAAGGCCCACAUUUCAUUUAAACCAACCAUAGAUCAACAAAGAAAAACCCCUGGACUGGAUGACACGCUCCUCGACGGAGAUUUUCUCAUACGUUAUGAUGUUAAAAGGAGUGAGACUGCAGGUGAUAUACAGAUUGUUAAUGGAUAUUUUGUGCAUUAUUUUGCACCGAGUCAAAUGCCAGCAUUUCCCAAAAAUGUGGUCUUUGUCAUAGACACAAGUGGAUCUAUGAUGGGGACGAAAAUGCAGCAGACAAAAGAGGCAAUGAAAAAGAUUUUGGAAGACCUUAAUCCUGAAGACCACUUUAGCUUAGUUCUCUUUAGUGGAACUGUGACUGUAUGGACUUCAUCUUUGUUGCAAGCUACAAAGGAGAACGUGGAAUGGGCUAAACAACACGUUGAGAACAUUGAUGCUGCAGGAUAUACAGAUAUUAAUGGUGCUCUUCAGGAGGCAAUAAACUCACUGGACAAAGACACCAAAGCUGAGUUAUUGCCAGACCAAAGCAUUUCCAUGAUAAUUUUGCUGACAGACGGUCAACCUACUAUUGGUGAAACAAACAUUGAUAGGAUUCAAAGAAACAUACGAGAAGCUAAUAAUGGGAAGUAUUUCAUCUACUGCCUUGGCUUUGGAUUUGACGUCAGCUACACCUUUUUGGAGAAGAUGGCUUUAGAAAAUGGGGGAGUGGCUCGCCGUAUAUACGAGGACUCAGAUGCAGCCUUGCAGCUCCAGGGCUUUUAUCAGGAGGUAGCUAUGCCUAUCCUGAAAGAGAUUGAAAUGAAGUACCCAGACAAUGCCGUACUGGAAAUAACUCAGAAUAAUUUCAAGCUGCUCUUUGAUGGCUCUGAAAUUGUUGUAGCUGGAAAGCUCCGCAAUGACAUUGAUGAUUUUCCUGUGGAAAUUAAGGCUAAAGGACAUGCCAGUGAACUUACUCUUAAAGAAGAUGCAAAUAUAAGAGAAAAGGAGCAAGUAUUCCAGCAUCAGAAAUACAUCUUUGGAAAUUUCAUUGAGAGAUUAUGGGCCUACUUGACAAUUUAACAGCUACUAGAAAAAUCUGCUUCAGCUGUUGGAGAACAGCGGGAAAACCUGGAAGCUCGAGUUUUGAACAUCUCCUUGAAGUUUGGAUUUGUCACACCCCUCACUUCCAUGGUGGUCACCAAACCCGAUGCUCAAGAGGUGGCAAACAAGCCUACAGAGGCAGAUAAUGAGAAUGUUGCUGCUGGAACAUCUGAUUUGGGUAGAAUGUGCUUUGCCUCCGUACUUGCGCAAAUUGAAACAUUUCCUUCUUUUUCAGCAGUAAUAGAUAGCAGUUUCUUUCCCAGUUUCCCAGUCGGUUCGUUUCUUACUUCUGCGCAAGAUUAUGGUGAUUAUGGUCUUUCUUCAUUGAAGUUGCUGGGGAGACACCCAGGCAAUGUUCAGUCUCUCCCAGACACUGUUAAUGAGUAUCCAAGUUUCAUUCUUCAGCUGACUCAUGAAAAAAAUCCCAUUUGUUUAAAUAUCAAUGGACAGUUGCAAACACCCAUAACCCUGCUAACUGAUCCAGACAAAGGGAUCCAAGUGACUGGCAAGCUUGGAGAAAACAGAAAGUUUAUGGAGUUCAACGUAAUCUAUCAGACACCCAGUGUGCAAAUCAAUGUGUCAAUGGGAGAAAUUACACUGAAUGAUCAGGGCAAUGUGAACUCUUUCCCAUGGACAAAGAAUGCAUCUUUUACAACCAGAGGGUUGAGCUUUCUUAUUGAAAAGGAAAGGAGUCUUUCGCUAUCAGGACCAGACGGUAUCACAGUACAAGUUUACUAUAUGAAGGACCCUCUUAAUUUCCUUGGAUUGCACUUCAAGAAUAGUGAACUUUUUUCUAACAACAUUGCUGGACUUUUUGGUCAGUUUUACUCUAAUGAACGUCUUCGUAGACACAGCAAUAGAAAGAAGAAAUUGACCGUACAAGGACAAUCAUAUAGUUUCAGAAGGCAAAACAAGAAAGAUUACAGGAUUGGACCGGGAGCCAAUGUCAAUUUUAGCUGCUGGUCACUGGAUAUAACUCCUUGAAGAACAGCAUUUAAAGCAGUAAAAAUGACCAUGUUUUGUAUUAAGUGUAACUAUUACAUUUUAUUUCAGUGAUAACUAUUAAAAUUGUAAAUGUUUAAUGCAGAAUUUUAAAUGUGGAGUCAUUAAAUCUCAUCAUCUAUUUGGACAAA